UUCAUGAAUACUCGUUCAAAGAGAGUUAGUGAUUUCAGGUUUAUCUAAAUCAAAUCUCAUAUCUUUCUUUGAUCUCUUCAAUCUCUCUUUCUGAAAAACCAUGUCUUGCUGCGGAGGAAAGUGUGGCUGCGGAGCUGGCUGCAAGUGCGGCAGUGGCUGCGGAGGCUGCGCCAACUAUGCUGACAUCACAGAGCAGAGCUCUGCCUCUGAGACUCUUGUCAUGGGUGUCGUGGGAACACAGAAAGUGAACUAUGGAGAGGCUGAAGCCGGUGUGGCUACCGAGGGAGGCUGCAAUGGCUGCAAGUGUGUCAACUGCACCUGCGACCCUUGCACUUGCAAGUGAGCGAGGCCUUGAAGCCUUCAUGGAGUCUGGUGCUUCUAUUAGAAAAGCUUGAUAAUAAUCUAUAAUAGUUUCUUUCUGUGUGUGUGGCUCUGAUUCUGAAGGUGUUUUUUAGAAUUGUGUUUCAGAAUAAAGUAGUUGUGGCUCGUCGUCUUUGUGCGGAUCUUACUAGGCUAGGAUUUGUGAAGGGUCAUGGCUGCUUAUUAUCUGUGUGUAUAAACUUGGUAUCUAUGUGUGUGAGGAAUUAGUGUAAGUUCUAUGAUUAUAAUGGAAUGAAAACUACCUCCUCUCUUUAGUCCUUA